UCAGUACUGAUGGGAGUUGAAUAACUCAGUAUGGAACUUGCAAAGACACCUUCAAUAGUUGAGCAAGAUUAGGCUUACAGGAAGAAUAAAUGAGGGCCCUCCUGUUGCUAACACUAGCCACCACUGCUCACCUUUCUACCAUUUGGCAAGAAGUACCACCCUGUGCCACACUAUCCAUUUCCUAACUGGUAACUUCUUUUCACCUUCCGCAGCUUCACCAACGUAGCUGGCUAAUCCCUAGGGCCAUUUCUAGAGUGUACCCUCAGCUGCUGGGUCUAGGCGCUGGGCUGUCUGGGUUCCAGCUAAAGCGACAGGAAAAAAAUGAGCCAGGGACCUGAAGGACUCAUGUUCACUUCUCAGAUUUGCAUCUGGGAAGAAGUAUCAGGGGUUAGAUAGGUACACAAACCAAUCAGCCACCAUAAUGCUCUUCAGUCAGAAGCACAGGAGUGGCUGAGGAUGGUACUGGGCUAUCUUCUGGGAUUUCUGGCUCCCUGUCUAGAUGAACCAUGUAGCAUUUGACAGAUCCAUAGAAUGUGCUAGAGGCUUCCUGUCUUCCAACCCCUGAGAGAUCAGCCAAGCCAUAACAAGAUUUCUUUUAAUGUGACAAAUGGAAGUCUGUAAAUAUUCCAGACUACUUUGUGGGGGAGAGACAAAUGGAGAAGGAAAGAACCUUGUGACAUAAAAAAAUUAAGACAAGACAAGGCUGCCCUGGGGGCCGUGAAAUUCUUAGUGUACUACUCUAGCAAACUCCAGCCUCUCCUUUGCUUCUAUCUUUCCUGGACUCCACUUUUCUAGUUAGUCACUAUCUAAAAUAACCUUUAUCUCCCUAAUCAUCAUCCAGUGCCCUCUUUCCAGGCCUGCUUCCUUCACUGCUAGUCACUAACAUUUCUUCCUUUGAUCAUUUCCUUGAUGCCCUGAUUUUCUUCAUUAUUUGCCCCAGGAUGUCUACCACAUUUGUUACUCCCGUGGGUCUUCCCCUGUACUGAAAUCCUAUGGAAACAAGGUCUUCAGCCGCUCUGCCUGUAGCCUAAACCUAACACAGUGGUGUUCAGUAAAUAUUUACUACCGAAAGGCUGCAUCAGGGCUAAGAAUGGAAAUGCCUUUGUUAUGAUCUCUGGACUAUAAACAGUCCUCGGAAAGUUUCCUGGGCUGUUCUAGUUACAUCUACAGUGACCCUGUUUUCUAGACCUUUACUAUGGUGUUCUGAGGGUACUACUCUGAACACAUUCCAGCCUACUUCUGAGACAGUGGCUUCAUUCUCUUUCAGUCACAUUCAGAGAUGAGCUAUUGGAGCUUAGAACUCCAACUUAUGAAUCUGAAGGGAGGUGAGAAGAUUCACCUUCCAACGAAGUGUUAUUUGUGUUUAUGCCAUAAAAUAGUGUCGUGGGUUUAGUUACAGUAUCGUGGAUGUCUAAUGAUGUGUUGGUUGAUCACCCAGAAUACAAUUUACAAUGAUAAAUAUGCUUCACUGUAUAGGUUGUAAAUGAUUCAUUAGAUAUUGGUAUCAUUGGUUAGGGAUGUUGACAAAUUAUUGAUGCAUUAGCAAUAAAAAAAAAUCAUCACUAUGGAUUUGUUAGUCUGAAAAUCCCCUAAAGCAAAUUUUCCUUUAUGACACAGCUCAGACUGCAGACUAUUAAAAAUAUUACCUGGUUCCCCCGUGCAGGGAAGAAAACCAUGCAGACUGCUUGUCAGUGUUAAUUAUGGAUAAUGGUCUCAUAUUUUAUUUAAUCAUUUGACAAAUGUGCAAAUCAUUUAUUAUGUAUUAUAUGUGCUUAAGUGCUUGACAAAUAUUAACUCACAAACAACCCCAUGUUGGUUAUUAUGAUCAAUAAUUCAUAUUAUCUGCAUUUUACUGUGAAUAUAACUAAGGCCCAGAGAAGGUAAGGAACUUGCUGAGGGUGACACAGUUUACUUUCAACAGAAGGAAGCUGUGAAACUAGGCAGGUCACCAUUGAAUCUUUCAGCUGUAGGAGCCUCUUCCUUUGAAGAAAGCUUCAUGGAACAAAUCAAAUUCACAAUGACAACAGUAAAGGUGACUACAGAAGUUCCCCCGAGAAGUAUAAUAGAAGAUAAUUUUGCUGUGUAUGAGUCUACAUCGGCACACAUUACGGAAGAAACAGAAUAUGUGAGAAAGAUUCGAACUACUCUGGAAAAAAUCCGAAAUCAAAUGUUUAAAGAUGAAGUAGGACAUAAUAGCACCAAUCACAAACUAGAGGCAAAGCUCUAUGAAAACAUUCAAAAUGGCUCUGAUUCUAAAAUAGACCCUUCUUGUGGCAGCUUCGACUUGCUCAUGCAAAAAUUGCAAGGAAAAGACCUGCAGCUGCUUGAGAUGAACAAGGAGAAUGAAGUCUUGAAAAUCAAGCUGGAAGCAUCCAGAGAGGCAGGGGCAGCAGCUCUGAGAAACGUGGCCCAGAGAUUAUUCGAGAACUACCAGACACGAGCUGAAGAUGCGAGGAAGCGGCACGAGGACAGCAAACAUUUACUCCAGGUUAACAAGCUUGAGAAAGAACAGAAAUUGAAACAGCAUGUUGAAAGUCUGAAGCAAGUUGCUGAAAAACUUGAAGAGAAACACAAUCAAAUCACAGAACUGGAGAAGCUGGUGCAGAGGAUGGAAAUGGAAAAGAAAACGCUGCUAGAAAGAAAACUGUCAUUGGAGAGCAAGCUUCUGCAACUCAAAGCCAAUGCUACAUACGCUAACAGUUGCCAGGAUCUUCAGGUGGAGAUUUCCAUCCUCCAGGAGCAGAUCUCUCAUUUGCAGCUUGUGAUUCAGUCUCAGCAUCACAACCUACGCAGCGUCAUCCAGGAGAUGGAAGGAUUAAAGAAUAACUUAAAGGAACAAGAUAAAAGAAUUGAAAGUCUGAAAGAAAAAGUCAGCUUACUUGAAGCCCAGAACAAAGAACUAAAAACCAAGGUGGCACUUUGGUCUGACACCCCUAGGACAAAAGUAUCGAAAGCUGUCUCUACAAGUGAAUUGAAGACUGAAGAUCCUUCUCCCUAUUUCAUGUUGAUUAGGCUCCGGAAAUGACCUGGUUGGAUAAAGAUUGGAUUGAGAGAGACUAUGUGGAUCUUAUUUAUUCCUUUCAUGUUAAAAUGGCAACAUGUCAGUGUUCAUAUGGAUUUUAUUAUACAUCAAAACUCAGCAGGAAGACAACAUUCCAGAAUAUCAAACAAAUGUGUAUUUGAGCGAAAGAAUUCUUUCUUUAGAACUUACUAAACACCCAGAGAAACCAGGUGCUUACUCAUAAGGGAAAGUCAAUUACAUUUUUAACUUAAGAAAAGGAAGUCUGUAUCUUAUUAUUUGUUUUGUGAUCAAGAAACAUAAGGGUUUCAUUU